GACAAAGCACAACAAUGCCAGCGCUCCAGACAGCCUUGGAACAGAAGAACAUGGUCUAGACUGAAGUAACAAGAACAUUUUUUCAUUUUAAAAUAUCAACUACACCAUCAUGGAUUCAAACUCUGCACACAAUCCUGUGUUUCUUGUAUUUCCUCCGGAGAUCACUGUUUCCAAGCUUCAGUCACCAGAGUUUAUAGCCACAACCUAUGAAUCUAGCGGCCCUUUUCCAAAAUCACUUACCACAAAAAUGAAAACCUUAGGGGCUAUCCAGAUCCUGUUUGGAUUGCUGAACUUUUUCUUUGGAGUUGUUUUCCUUUUUACCCUUGAAAACCCAUACCCAAGGUUCCCCUUUAUAUUUAUUUCAGGAUAUCCAUUCUGGAGCUCUGUUUUGUUCAUUAAUUCUGGAGCCUUCCUAGUUGCACUGGAAAGAAAACCCACAGGAAGCCUGGUGAAGACAACCCAAGCAAUGAAUUCUCUUAGUGCCUUGGCAGCAACAGCCGGAAUUAUUCUCAUCGCACUUGGUCUCGUUCUAGAUCAAAACUACUUUUGUGGCCAUGAAGACACAAAUGGUCGGUGCCGGGCCAUUAAUACCCUAUUCAUUGGAAUUUUGAUUAUGUUGAUGGCCUUCAGCGUUAUUGAAUUAUUCAUCUCUCUGUCGUUCUCAAUUCUGAAGAGAUGCUUUUAUUGUUGCAACUGUGACUAAUGGUGCUGAAGCAUACUGUGGGAAUAAAGAUGUGUUACAAUCUUUAGGUGAGUUCCUCCUCACCUCCUAAAGAGGUGAGUUCCGUGUGGGAGAAAAAGCCAGCGGGAACAUAGAACCUUAAGGCUGGCAACUGUCUGAAGCAAAAGGGGAGUGACUUCAGAGGGUGGGCUCUGGGAACGUUCUGGCUAAUAAAACACAUCCUUGCCAGGUC